CUGACACAUUCAGGAAUAUAUUACGCAUUUCCUUGCAUUUCUGCGGUCGGAUCGAAGCGUGCUUGACACUAGAAAUUGCACCAUCGAAAUCGAAGGACCCUAUCUUGGAAGAUAAAUUCAUAAGCUGUCAGCAUGGCCUCGGGUAUUAAAUUGGAUGAGAAAUGUAAGAAUAUGUUCUCAUUGAUCAAAGACAAGCACGAACAUGCCUGGGCCAUCAUGAAGAUUGAAAAUGAUAAGGAAGUUGUGCUUAAGGAUGUGCAUGGCAAACUUGAGUCCAGAUCUGAUGUAGAGAAAAAUAAAAUUCUCUUUGAAGAGAUGAAGAAGAUUGUUGAAGACUUUGGAGGACCCUGUUACAUCCUCUUUGACUUCACAUACAAGCAGAACAGUGGUACUGUUAAAGAUAAACCAAUUUAUAUCUAUUGGUGUGAUGAUGACACUGGAAUAAAGGAAAAGAUGAAAUAUGCUGCUACCAAUUCUGAAUUGAAGAAACAGUGCAAUGGAUUUGAACCAUUUGAAUUCCAUGAUAAAACUGAAUUCAAUUUCGAUGAAAUUUUCAAGGAAUUGCAAUCAAAGGACAGGCAGUAACUUGCUGCUGUCACAAUAAGAACAGCAUCUAAUACUUAACACUUUGUGAUCGCAGUUUUGAUGAAUCAGUUUAGAUAACAAGCGCUGCCGCUGACGGUAGAUCUACGUAGCAAUUUAGUCAUUUGAAAUAAAAUAGGAGUGUAGUUGCUGCAUGUAUAAUCUAGUUUUGUUCUUACACUGCAAUGUAUUUACUGAACAAAAAGUUAUUAAAAUGAUAAAUUUCAUUGGUUUAA